GCUUGAUCUUGUUGUAAACAUGAAGUGAACGGUACGGCUCUCCGCCCCGGCAGGCAGCAUCAUCCUCUGUAAGAGACCGAGGAGGAAGACUUUUCUGCAGCAGAAUAAAACAGCAAAAGCGACCACGCAGAGUUGCAGUUCACAUUCAGACACGAGUUUUCUUUCAUUAUUUGGGUGUUAGCUCGUUAACAAUGAAGCCUUCAAACAGUCGCCCUUCGAGAGUGGGUAAAAACCCCUUCGUGCACGAGCUGAAAUUCACCAUGACAGAAAAAAUAAAGAUAGGACUGAUGUCAGUUACAGUCUUUCCAGUGCGGCUGCUGCUGGUCUCGUUCCUCAUGCUGCUGGCGUGGCCCUUUGCCUUCACAGCUUCUCUGGGACGUUCUAACUUUGUCAUUGAGCCGCAGUCAUGGUGGAGGAGGUUUAUAGAUCUGUGUCUAAGGGUGAUCAUGCGAGCCAUGUGGUUUUGCGGAGGUUUCCACUGGAUCAAGGUGAAAGGGGAACGGGCAGCACCCUCUGAAGCGCCCAUCCUCACUGUGGCACCACAUUCUUCUUACUUUGAUGCCAUCCCAGUCACUAUGACCAUGUGCUCCAUAGUCACCAAACUGGAAAGCAGGAGCAUUCCAGUCUGGGGCACUUUGAUCAGCUACAUCAGGCCAGUGUUUGUGUUUCGGUCAGACCAAGACUCGAGACGAAAAACAGUGGAGGAAAUCAAGCGGAGAGCCUGCUCUGGAGGGAAGUGGCCUCAGAUCAUGAUAUUCCCAGAGGGAACGUGCACCAACAGGUCGGGUCUGAUCUUAUUCAAGGCUGGUGCUUUCAUCCCAGGACUCCCAGUGCAGCCAGUGAUACUACGCUACCCAAAUAAACUGGAUACCAUUACAUGGACAUGGAAAGGUCCCGGAGCGUUUAAGAUCUUGUGGCUCACUCUGUGUCAGCCUCACAAUUCUGUUGAGAUUGAGUACUUACCCGUUUACAGUCCAUCAAAUGAGGAGAAAGAAAACCCUGCUCUGUUUGCCAGUAAUGUCAGAAAGCUCAUGGCCAAGGCAUUGGACCUGCCACUCAAAGACCUGUCGUUUGACGACAUUGAGAUCAGCCUAUCACACGGCCCGCUGGGCAUCUAUGACUAUAGCAGCCUUCUGGAGUUCCACCAGCUAAUGUGUCGCUUAGGAUUGAGAGUAGCAACAACAGACCAGGUGCUUGAAGAGCAGGCCAGGAGAGCCAGAAAGCUGCAGGGAGACACGCUGGGUUUGGAGGACUUUGCCCACUUCCUUAAUCUGCCAGUUACAGACACACUUAAAGAAGUUCACAGCUUCUUUGAUCAGUGUGGAGUUGGACAGAUAGACAUCAGACACUACGUUAUUGCUCUGUCUACUGUUCAUCGGCCUUCAAAGUCAAUGGAAACCCUCAAAUUGGCCUUCAAGAUGUAUGAGAGCGAGAACGGGGAAGUCCUGGAGGAGGAGCUGGCUCUCAUCUUGGAAAUAAUGUUGGGAGUGAAGGAAGUGCAACUUUCAAGACUGUUUCUAACGCUUCGACCGGACACGGGAAAGAUCACGUAUGAUGAUCUUCAGCGUUAUAUCCAGCAGUGUCCACACUUCGCUCUGGACUGCCUUGAUUUUAAAGACCAUCCACGUCAUUUCUGCACGGGCCGAUCUAAGAGCUGCAACGGCCAGAGCCACAACAAAGACGACUAACUGACAAAUUUGUGACAUUUUUUUACCUUCUCUAACAGACAGCAUCAUCAUUGCUACCACAUCUGUGCCUUCAAGUGCAGUUAGAGGGCAACAUUUUUAGGAAGGGUGAGAAUUCCUGAUCCAUUCAUCAGGAAUCCAUCCUGAUCCAUCCACGAUCUAAGAUUUCUAUGGUUAUUUUUUUUCUUUGUCUUCCUUCCUUCCUGAUUUUUAUGUCUAUUGUGAUAUUAUGACACAUUUUGUAUGCUCCAGAUAUUUAUUUAAAAUGUUUUUCUUAUUUAUGAAAAACAGAUUUAGAAAAAUUAAGUAGGAAAAGGUGAAUUUUAUUUAUCCUGAUGGAUGACUUUGGACUGGAAGGUUAGUGCUGUUGUUAUCUCAGGCAAACGGACACUAGCACAGAACCUGUUGUUGCUGCUGCUCUACAGUUUCAUUUCAAACCAACAUUUAACUACUGAAGGCAAAAAGUGUUGACACUUUACAUCUGAGCCCAUAUUUAUCAAGCAUCUCAUCAGUGUUGGGUAACGUUCCUUUUAAAAGUAACUUGCUAUAAUCUCAGAUUACUGCCAUUAAAACGUAAUAUUUUACAUUUCUUUAUCUCAGCUGGUGAUGCUGUAACUUACUGGAGUGCAUCUGCAUUACCAGAAAUAAACUUCCCUCUGCUUUUGCUUUCAUUACAGUGUCUUGUGUGUGUGUGUGUAUGUGGCUUUCUGUGUGAGUACCUUUGAGAGUGUUACUUUGAUUGUAUAAUGAGAUGAUAAUGGUAGCGGCUCACCACAUAUCUAUGAACAAGCUCGUUAAUUUUCCUUGGAGUAUCCACUUUAUCCAAAGUAAAAGAUAACAGCUGUGGUUCCUGAGCUGUAGCACUGGCAGCGCUGUCCUCCUCCUCCUCGAUGGGCCUCACUGCCAGUGUUUUUAGAGCUGCGUUCAGUCUGCAGGGGUUUCUUCAAUUAUCACCGCAGCACAAAAUAAAGUGAAAACUUCCUCAAUGUAAAGGCUGUUCUCACUUCCAUCUCUCUAGCUCUCCUGAUUGUAGGAUUGGAUGUUCCAUUAUGUCACAAUGAAAGGCUAGAACGAAAAGGUAUUCUGAGCACUCUUGGGUCGUCACACUGCGCUAUACAGUUGUAUACAUUUGCUAAAAGUUACUGUAAGAGGAAAACCACGUGCACAUUAGAGCAGGAUCUCUCCAAAGAUGUGAAAAUAAUGACUUUCUGCUGUUCUCAGUUUUAAAUAACAUUUCAGAUUCAGAUUUUUUUUUUUCCCCAUAUGGAGUUUCACUUAUUGGUAAAAAUCUGAAUGCAGAAUAUAGUAAGUGCUUUAUACACUGUACAUGGGCAGUUUGUGUCUAAGGACUGAAGUUAAAACAUUUCAUUGGUGCUUUUACUGCUGAUUUCAGAAAUAUGACUAAAGCUGUGUCAGUCUGACAGCUGAAUGAUUUCCUGAUCUGUGCGUCUUUGUAAAUAUGGGCCCAGAUAUUAGAUUUCUGCCUGUUACUACCUUCAUAUUUUCAUUAGUGCCAGAACUACAGUUUGGAUGAACAGUAUAAAAGUUGGUUGCAUUUUUUUUUUUCUCCCCACAUCUCCACUUCUGAGUUAAACAAUUAGAAAAACACUGUAAAUGACUGCUUGGCA